GACGCCAGUGAGCAUGCUCCGUUCGGACUGACAUUGGAUGCCAGCUUACUUUAGCUCUCACACACGAGCAGGCAGCUGCAGGGGCACCUAACUCACCACAGGGGACAAAAAGAUCAGCGCCGGGAUAAAAACCAAGAAUCUACUCCUGACUUUUCCUUCUUUCUCUCAAACCAGGAUUGUUUCACUCUGUUGUUUUGUGUUAUUUUUCGGAAGAUAAAAAUCUGUGGAGUAGUUCCUGAAGAGAAGACGGUGGAAGUUGGACACGGAUAAUUGCCAUAAUGAGUUGUCUAUUGAAAGUUUUAAAAUCUGUGACUUUGUGUCAAAUUCCUUUUCCCAUUUAGCUCCACUCAUCAGCUGCUGUUUCCAGAAACGAUCCAAUCAACUUACAAGAUCUUUGUAACUUUUUAUUUUGAUUUUCUUCUCCUUCACCUGGUGUUUUUUUGUAUUUCUCUGGCUGCUUCGGAUUCUGUUUCCGUUGCAUGGACACCGUCUUUGCUUUACUCCAACAUUCCCUGGAACGUCGCAAGCUUCCUAUCCUGGGGAGUGGGAGUAAGAAAUAUGAGCCUGUGUUUGGGGCAGCAGCGGCAGUGUGUAAUGGUUUCUGUGAAAAAGGCCCGAGUAAUGUGGCACAGGGGGGCUGCAUGAAUGUCUGUGGUGAAAUCCAAUCCAACCGUCGCUCUGCAUUCUCCACCCUGGAAUUCCUUCUUCAGACUCUUCCCAUGCGUAGCUGCGAGGAACGUCCACUCCGCUAAAGAGGUCCCCACAUUUCAAGAUCAGAAGAAAGCCGCCUUUGGAAAUCUUAUGGACGAAGAAAUGAGUCGCCAGACCGCCACCGCGCUGCCCACAGGAACCUCCAAGUGCCCCCCGUCUCAGCGCGUGCCCACCCUGUCGGGCACCACCGCCUCCAACAGCGACCUGGCCAGCCUGUUCGAGUGUCCCGUCUGCUUCGACUAUGUGCUGCCCCCCAUCCUGCAGUGUCAGUCUGGACAUCUGGUGUGUUCCAACUGCCGGCCCAAGCUCACCUGCUGUCCCACCUGCAGGGGCCCGCUGGGCUCCAUCAGGAACCUGGCCAUGGAGAAGGUGGCCAACUCCGUCCUGUUCCCCUGCAAGUACGCGUCGUCGGGCUGCGAGGUCACGCUGCCGCACACCGACAAGACGGAGCACGAGGAGCUGUGCGAGUUCCGGCCGUACUCCUGCCCCUGUCCCGGCGCCUCCUGCAAGUGGCAGGGGUCGCUGGACGCCGUCAUGCCGCACCUGAUGCAUCAGCACAAGUCCAUCACCACGCUGCAGGGCGAGGACAUCGUGUUCCUGGCGACGGACAUCAACCUGCCGGGCGCGGUGGACUGGGUCAUGAUGCAGUCCUGCUUUGGCUUCCACUUCAUGCUGGUCCUGGAGAAGCAGGAGAAGUACGACGGCCACCAGCAGUUCUUUGCCAUCGUGCAGCUCAUCGGGACGCGCAAGCAGGCAGAGAACUUCGCCUACCGGCUGGAGCUGAACGGCCACCGGCGCCGGCUCACCUGGGAGGCCACGCCCCGCUCCAUCCACGAGGGCAUCGCCACCGCCAUCAUGAACAGCGACUGCCUGGUUUUCGACACGUCGAUCGCGCAGCUGUUCGCCGAGAACGGAAACCUGGGCAUCAACGUCACCAUCUCCAUGUGCUGAGAACGUUACGCAGGCGAGCGUCGGAGUGCAAGUUUGCCAGGGGGGCCAGGGGGGGCCCUAUCAGUCAGGAGCCCGGGCCCCUCCCUCUCUCUGCUACACCCCUGAGACAUGGAACUGGACUGUGUUCGGGCAGCGCAGACGGCCCAGGGGUGCCGGAUGGAUGGAUGAGUGGAUGGAUGGAUGCGUUUAAAAAACAAGGACGUAACUGUGUAGUGAGGACAUCUUAAACACUCGUGGGAGACUCGUGCACGCGCAUGUGUCAUAAACCCGAUCAGAAGGUGUUUCCGUUUUCUCUCUCUCUCUCUCUCUGUCCGUGUCCGUGUCUCAGAUGUUCGUGUCGGGUCAGAAGCCAGCCUGCCAGUUGGCUUUUUUUUCUUUUCUGUUUUUUUUCCUCCCUCCAUCUUUCCUAACUGACAGACCCGAUUCCGACUGCGGCGACUGGAGCGGCCACCUUGUGUACGCGGACGGCUGCAGUUCCCGGCCGGAACCGGGACUCUCAGUCUGGAUUACAGAAGAUUCAUCCAAUUUCAGGAGGUUCUGGACCGGAUUGAGCUGAGGGGAAAGCUCUAUUUCAGUUCGCAUUAGGUUUUUAUUUUAUUUUUGUUUUAAUGUUUUUAGUUUCUGAACUUUUUUUUUUUUUUUUUUUUUAAACACCCAACCUGGAACGAGGGGCGCUUUCUACUGUUAAAAACAUUGCUGUUAUAAAUAAAUAGAAGUAUCAUAAUUCUCAUUUUUUGUAUUGAAUUUUAAGAAUUAAAAAGGCAGUUGUAAAACUUGUGGCUAAAUUCAGUGUUUGUAGUUAAGAAGAAGAUAAAAAAGUUAGUUUUUUCUCCAGAGUUGGGCUGUUUUCAUGCCUGUCCUCCUGUGUGUGAACUUCCUGUUUCUUUUCUUCUCCGUGGAGGGAAACCGUCGAUCACACCUCCUCCCAUCUUCCCAUCCCUUCUCGUUUUUCUCGUGGAGUCUCGGUAAUGUUGCUGCUCUCCCCCAGAAGCUCCAUGACUUCUUUCUGUUUUCAUUCGUCAUUAAAUAAAUCUAUCUUUUUCAUA